AUGAGAGUACUCGUGACAGGUGGUGCUGGAUAUAUUGGUUCAACAUUAGUUCCGAUGUUGUUACACAAAGGACAUGAAGUAACGGUAUAUGAUAACUUAUGUUGGGGAGUCUAUCCAUUAUUGCACGCCGCUUAUGACACUAAACUAAGGAUAAUACAGGGUGACGUGAAUGAUCGUAAACGUAUUGCUGAUGUGAUGGCAGAUCAGGAUGCAAUUAUUCAUCUUGCUGCGAUAGUUGGGUAUCCCGCUUGUGAUUCUAACCCUGAUUAUGCAUUAGGAACCAAUAUAUCUGGUACAAAGAAUAUCGCUGACUCUAAAUCUAGUAAUCAAAUUCUGAUCUUUGCAAGUACAGGGUCUUGUUAUGGAGCAAUCAAGGACAUAGGUACAGAAGAGACAAAAUUGCAACCAUUGUCAUUGUAUGGGAAAAGUAAAGCACAGGGUGAAGAAAUGGUGUUAUCUGUAGGAGGUAUAGCUCUUAGACUAGCUACGUUGUUUGGAUUAUCUCCACGAAUGAGACUAGACUUAUUGAUAAAUGAUUUGACAUUUAAAGCUUUUACUUGCAAACAUAUAAACUUUUAUGAAGGCGGCUGUAGAAGGACAUUUCUUCAUGUCAGAGAUGCCGCCCGUGCAUUCGUUUUUGCCCUUGAAAAUGCUAACAGUAUGAAAGGACAAGCUUACAACAUUGGUGAUGAGAAACUCAAUAUGACAAAAUUACAGGUUGUCCAGAGAAUACAUAACCUUUUACCAGACUGUACAUUUGCAAAUAUUUCAUCAGAAUCUGAUAAAGACAAGCGAGAUUAUGAAGUUUCAUUCAAAAAGAUAUCUCAAUUAGGUUACCAUCAUAAAAUAUCAAUUGAACAGGGUGUUAAUGAAAUGCUUAAGGUGUUUCCUUUCAUAACUAUCGGAGAACAGAUAAAAUAUUUUAAUGUUUAA